AUGAAGGCUACCGGCCUGCCAAAGCGGUUCCUGAGCCGGAAGGACAAGCAGGGCCAUCGCCGCGACAAAUCGUCCGAUGCUUCACACAAGCACCGAUCGUCCGACUUCUUCUCUCUGCUCAAGCGCGACUCUGCCAAGACUCAAGAGAAUGAACAAGCCAAGGAAGAUGCGAAGGCGUUUAAACAGCGCGUAAUCGAGCUUAACCACGACCUUGCCAUCGCCAGCUUGAACGACGAACAUAUCCGCUAUGCCCUCCGCCACAAAUAUUCUUCGGGAGAUGUCGACAAGGCCAUUGAAUUGCUUGCGCUGCAGAAGAAGUCCUUCCAAGGCCAGAUCAUACCGUACAACUCGAAUGUACAUAUGUUGGGGGCGGAGAAUCGUGGUGCGGUGACAUGCUACCUCGAUUCUCUGCUUUUUGCCAUGUUUGCGAAGCUCGAGUCCUUUGAGUGCAUGCUCAAGCACGAGAUCGAUGACCCUGCUGCCAUGAGGCUGGCUGCACUCUUGCGGUUGUGGGUCAAUAUGCUUCGGUCGGGCAAACUGAUCGAGGCCGACAUGACACAUCACAUUCAGGAUGCUCUAGCAGACUGUGGGUGGAAAGACGCACAAUUGCUCGAGCAGCAAGAUACCUCAGAAGCUUUUGGCUUCAUAACCGAAACGUUACAAUUGCCUCUAAUGCCCCUUCAAGUGGAUCUGUUUCACCACGGAAAGAAUGAUGACGCAGACCAUAAAGUCGUCUACGAAAGACUGCUCAAUCUGGCAGUACCUGAAGACACGGACGGCAAAGGGGUCGACUUGGAAGAUUGCCUCGAGGAGUACUUCAAUACACAAGUUGAUGUGCAAAGAGAGGGUAGCACCGACGAUAAGAAAGUCAGCAUCCGUACGACAAUCUCUCAAGUCCCUCUGACUCCAGAUACCCCGAGCACGCCUUUGAGUGCUAUUAGAAUAGGAGAUGACGUCAGGGAAUGCCAGUCGCCAGCCGAGGAUCCUGACAAGACGGAGCAAUUGGCCUUGGAGAGGAGCCAAACAGCGAUCUCCUUAUCAGUACCGGCAUCUUCUCAACCAGCCGUUCGCCCACAUCGUGCAAGAACCGAGAGCAUAAUCCAGCGCGUCGUGAUUGACCCUAGUGGCAAACCGACGGAUACCGAUACAGCGAGUCUCUUUCAGCGAGCGAAGCGGUCAGCCUCCGUCGUCAAGGCUGUCACUAUUCCCGCAUGGCAGUUCUUCAAGCUUAUUCCAUGGCAUUCCGCUGCCAAUAACGAGCCGCAGAGUGAUCUCGAAGUCGCGCGACACUUCAGCCAGCGUCCAGUCGUUGGCAUCUGCCUCAAGCGGUAUAUGAUGGACGAACACGGCAACAUGUGUCGCAAGAACACCUACAUUGAUAUCCCGGAUAGUCUACGACUACCUCAAUUCAUUGCCGACGAACGGCUUGUAGAGGAGAACGGCCUGAGCGCGGACUACAAGCUGGUGUUGCAAUCGGUAGUGUGCCAUCGUGGCGACUCACUGCACUCCGGCCACUACAUCUCAUUCUGCAGGGUGGCGCCCAAGCUUCUCACUGACAAUCGUAUGCACGAGAGCGAUCCUCCGCCAGAUUACGAGGAAGCUCAGUGGGUAAAAUUCGAUGACCUGUGCAUCGAGCAACGCAUCGCGCCUGUUGACGACAUAAAACAAGCGCUUAAGGAGGAGAUGCCAUAUCUUCUUUUCUAUCAGAUCGUCCCGAUCGUAGACAUGACUGCGAGCUCGACUGACGGUACAAGCAACGGGCCCCCGUCCUACAACGAUUCUAGACUCAACAUCACUGUGUCGGAAUCUGACCCAAGCCCAAACCGUCCGCCCGUAUCGCGACAAACUAGUAGCUAUUUCGACAACACCGGCACGGGGCCGUCAACGAGCAGCAGCAUCAGAUUCUCAUCGGAGCUGGAGCGGCCGCCUCGUCGGAGCUUUGCCGAUGAGGAUGGGUUCCUGACUGCAUCGAGGCGAGCUAGUGUGGCACUCGUUGAUGUGGGCUCUCCGCGCCGCGGCAGGACUCCCGACAGCCACUCACCCGCUACAAGUCCCGGCGAGGAGACGACAGCGCAAAGGCUCAGUCGCGCUGCAGCCAAGUUCAAGUCUGGCAGCAAGAGCAGGCCUCAAAGUCCUUCAGGCGAAGGUCGCAUCAGCCUCACAAUGAGCCGACUGGGUUUCAGGCGGGCGAGCCGAGAGAUGAUACGAGAUACAACCACGACAACUGAUAAUGAGGAGGAUUUUGUUGAGGUUGCGGUCGUGGAUGGAGCAGCAGACGAGAAGGAUACAGACAAAGGCGGCAAAAGCCACGGCAGAGGAGACAAGCCGAAGAGCCGGCUGAGACAUGGGAAGGCAAAGGCCGAUGUGCCUGACAGGGAGUGCGUCGUUCAGUAG